GAUCUCCUUGUGAUGUCAUAGUGGUAAAGGGUUUCAGACUUAGUAAACCAAGCCUCAAACCCUCAGCAGUUCACAGAUCCAACCUGAGACAAGCGGUCAGCAAGGCUCGUGACUUUAAACUGGUCUACAUUCAAGACACUAACUAACCCAAGGAUUCCACAUGGACAACAAGAGGAACUCAGAGUCCCUGAGCAGGGCUGAUACCAUGGACAAGGAGACGGAGGCUGAGGUGAUGCUCAACAAGAUUACAGAGCUACAACAUCUUGUUGAGAGUAAGGACAAGCAGCUGAUGGAUGAAAGGCUGAACGCUGACAUCAAGCUGCAAAAGAAGAUGGUGGUGUCUCACAACCUCCAGACAAGCCUGGACAAGGCCCAACAGGAGAGGGAUGAGAUGGCAGAGAGGUUGAGGAGAAAGGAGCAGGAAGACAUGAGGAGGGAGAACGACACUGACGUGCAGCUGGAGGAUUUAAAGAACCAGCUGCAGGCUGAAAGACUGAGGUCUGACACCCUGCAGAAGGAACAGGAGGAAUUUAGGAGAGAGGUAAAAGAAAAAGCCAGCAGAGACCUGAAGCAGGUUCGGAAUCUGAAGAUGGAGAAAGACUCCCUGGAUUCCAUUAUUGCAUCUCAGGACAUCAAACUAAAAAAUAAGAUGGUGUCGUCUCGCUACCUGCAGACAAGCCUGGACGAGGCCAAACAGGAGCGGGAUGAGAUGGCAGAGAGGUUGAGGAGACAGGAUCAGGAAAUGGCUGAAAGGAUGAGGUCUGACACCCUCCAGAAGGAACAGGAGGACUUUAUGCUAGAACGCCUCCCUGGAGGACAAGAGAGAGCCAACAGAGACCUGAAGCAGGUUCAGAAUCUGGAGGUGAAGGGACUUUCUCUAGAGGCGAAGGCCCUGCAAUUAAAAAAUAUCAAGAUUAAAGAGCUGGAGGAGCUUGUUGCUAAGGAACAGCAUCCUCAAAAGAAUAAUGUGAUGACUCGCUACCUCCAGACAAGCCUGGAAGAGGCCAAACAGGAGCGUGAUGAGAUGGUCAGGGUGAUGAGGAAGGAUCAGGAGCACUUGAGGAGGGAGACCAACACAGAAGGGCAGACAGAGAACCUGGAUCUGGACUGCAAGCUGGCCUCAAGCAGAGCAUUACAGGAGAAAAAGAUUAAAGAGCUCCAACAUCUUGUUGAGAGUAAAGAGAACCAGCUGCAGGCUGAAAGGCUGAGGGCUGACACCCUCCUGAAUGAACUGGAUGAAUUAAGGAUGGAGGUUCAACAGAAAGCCAGCAGAGACCUUAAGCAGGUUCAGAAUCUGGAGGAGGAGAAACGGUCCCUGGAUUCCAUUAUUGCGUCUCAGGACUUCAAGCUGCACAAUAAGAUGGUGUUGUCUCGCAACCUGCAGACAAGCCUGGACGAGGCAGAACAGGAGAGGGAUGAGAUGGCAGAGAGGUUGAGGAGAAAGGAUCAGGAGCUGGAAGACUUGAGGAGGGAGACCAGCACCGACGUGCAGCUGGAGGACCUGAAGAACCAGCUGCAGGCAGAAAGACUGAGGGCUGACACCCUCCAGAAACAACAGGAGGAAUUUAGGCAAGAACGCCCCCCUGGAGGACAAGAGAAAGCCAGCAGAGACCUGAAGCAGGUUCAGAAUCUGGAAGUGAAGGUUCUUUCUCAGGAGCAGGUGGCAAAGGCCAUACAAAUAAAAGAGAUCAAGAUUAAAGAGCUGGAGGAGCUUGUUGCUAAGGAACAGCAUCUGAAAAAGAAUAAAGUGUUGACUCGCUACCUCCAGACAAGCCUGGAGGAGGCCAAACAGGAGCGAGAUGAGAUGGCCCAGAGGUUGAAUAGAAAGGAUCAGGAGCACUUGAGGAGGGAGACCAACACUGACGUGCAGCUGGAAGACCUAAAGAACCAGCUGCAGGCUGAAAGGCUGAGGGCUGACACCCUCCAGAAGGAACAGGAUGACUUUAGGCUGGAGGUCCAAGAAAAAGCCAGCAGAGACCUGAAGCAGGUUCAGGAUCUGGAGGAGGAGAAACGUUCCCUGGAGCAGAAGUUGAAGGCCCUGCAAAUAAAACAUGACUACAGGAUUCAAGAGCUCCAGCAGCUUUUUACAUCUCAGGACACCCAGCUACAAGAUCAGGUGAAGGUCAAUCAGGCUAAUCAGGAGGAGAUGAAGGACCUGCAAGAAGAACUCUCAAGCAUAGCAUUACAGGACAACAAGAUUAAAGAGCUCCAUGAUCUUAUUGAGUCCUUAAGAAACCAGCUGCAGGCUGAAAGGCUGAAGACUGACACCGUCCGGAAAGAACAGGAGGAACUUAGGCGGGAGGCACAACGGAGAGCCAGCAGAGACCAGAAGUGGGUUCAGAAUCUGGAGGAGGAGAACGUUUCCCUGGAGCAGGCCCUGCAGAAAGAGGUCUCAAGAAGAGUAUCAGAGGAAAGAAACAACACCAACAGGAUUCAAGAGCUCCAAGAUCUUGUUGCGUCCUCAAAGAACCAGCUGCAGACUGAAAGGCUGGAAGUUCAUUACAGACUCAUUGAUAUGGAGAACGUGUCUUUGUGGAGGAGGUUUAAAAAGGCCAUCACUCCUGACAGUCGGCGCCAAUACAAACAUCUGAGAAUGCAGUGGCAGGACCAGGAGGAAAACCCCAGCUCAUCUGUUCCCCCAAGCCCCCCCAACAUGCCCAGACCGUAAGGAGCCAUCAGGUAGACACAGAGUAACAUGUUCCUCUGUGUCUGCACGGGUUUACUCCGGGUUCUCCGGUUUCUUCCCAUCAUAAUCAACUUUGAAAAAAAAACCUUUAGAAUAGUAAAAAAUGCAUCAAGUCUAAAAAAUGUCAAUAAAAAAAAAACAACUUUAA